AACAACCUACUUCGGCCUUUCUCGGCAACUCGCAUUCAGCAGUUAUCAGUGUAUUGAUUAGUGUGUAGACAGCUCUCGUCUGCAAUAUUGUCCAGCGAGAGAGCCUUUAGCAUCGAAAUAUCGUCUUUUUACCCUAAGAAAAGAAUCCACAGAAAACGGAUUGUUAUGAUGCCCAGGGGGACUAUAACAUCCACCUACAUAGCGCUGUGUGUAUUGGCCCUUCUCAGCACUUGCUCUGUCAUCAGUGCAACGCACACCACAAACCAAAAAAUAAAGAUACAGACUAUAAACUACAAAUGGGUCGACGAGGAAAAGGCAGAAGUGACGGCGUGUCUUGAAAGCGAGGCGGGCGGGACCCCCUUCGGGCAGGUCGACCUCCUCGUCACCAACGCUCUCGGGAGGGCGUGGCGGACCAGAGGAGGAGGAGCGUUGAGGAAAACGCAAGAGGGUUUUUGCUUCGCUGGGAUAAGUCUCGAGAAGAAGGACUUGGUGAAGACGUUGAACUUCAGGAUCUUGGAGAACGGGAGUGAUGAAUCGAUUCAGGAGCUGGAGACGUUCUUCAUGGUCCCAGAGGUAACUCCCAUGAGCAAAGACGUCUACGAGAUCUGCUGGGAUGACCCCGAAGGACUCGCUUUUGCCUUGGCCGAAGGAGGCGUUGCCCAGCCGCUCGUCUCUCCCCCAGCCGGAUGCCACGAAUGCUGCCUUUACCUUACUUCAAGGAGUCCAGGCGACCUCGUGACCCUGGAAACAGCUGGUACGAAAGACUCUUCCGUCAGACAGCUGGUGCAAAUCCGCCUGCCUGAAAACCUCGAGCAAAAUAUUCCUCUCAAUAUCACGGCGCUCCACAAGGUAUCCAGAGACGACGACCCGAGCGGAAAGAAACAAAACAUAAAGGUUUACUUGGAUCCCCACCAAGCAAUAGAGGCAGAUGAUUUUACUCUAAUGUUAACUCUGGCAUCAAACGGACAACAGAAAUUGUAUUAUCUGUUUAAAAUCAUCGAUGACUAUGCCACAGAGCUUGAGUUCGAUGGACAUUUUCAAGAUUCAACUGCAGUCAUAAUAAAAGCUCAUAAAGGAAAUGAUAUUGUGGGAUUUGGCUCCGUGAUUCAGAAUCUAACAGACCCGGGUUCUAGGGUGGCGAAGGUAGGGGACUCCAGCGCCCCGUCCCUAAGGGUGGAUCCAGGGGCGCGAGACCAGGUGGACGUCCCUGACAAGACUCCCUGCGCGGGAGGCUCUGGCCCUUGCUACUACGUCGACCAGACCGCCCCCUUGCCCCCCCUCUGCGACGACCUUCCCGAGAUCACAUUUUGCGACGCCGUUGUGUCGGAAGUGCAGAACCCGCCCAAAGCCCCGGCCCUGGAGCUCCGCAACCGGCAGGAGCUGCGAGUGCAGCAGCCCCGGCCCGACGGAGCGCGGACUGAGGUCGUGGUCUCCAGGGACGACUCCAUCAUGUCUCCCGACGGCUUCGGCUGCGACGACCUGGGCGACGGCAUUUGCUCGCAGCCUGUGGCCGUCGCCGACGACCUGGACGGUUUCGACGUGACGCUCGUCGUGCUGGACGGCGACGGCUACGUCACGGCGUCACUCGCUGUGCCCUUCGAAGUACACAAAGUGAGUGCAGUCGCCCUCACGCCCUCCCUGCUGAAAGUGGAGGUCGACCCUCGAUCGGGGGGCACGUACGAGGUCACGCUGCCCGGCCCCUCGCCUUCUCCCGCAGCCACCCAGGAGUGUCAAGCUGGGCCGCCGUGUCGCGUCUGGUUCGCCGGGGUGGAAGCGCCCUCCUCAGUGAGCGUCAGGAAGGAAUCCAAUACCAUUUAUGAGGAUAUAACUACAGAAACGCCUCCUCCCACGUCACAAGUGCAGGUCAUCACCUCCAUGGACGCUGAAACCCAGACCCGAGUCGAAGUCCAGAGCAGCAACACCGUCACGCAGGUCGAACUCGUGACCUUCGCGUCCAACGUCGCCACCGAAGAUGACUGCGAAGACCUUGAAGCAGUCGCCGGGAAUUCCGAGUAUUACUUCGACGCAUCUGUACGAGGACCUGGAGGCUGGGACUUUGUCUUUGCCGGGUACUGUGAUGACGGGGCCUUGUGCGAAGUGGGCCAGGUCAGCGUGAUCCUCUUGGACAUGGACUCCCGGUUAGGCGUGGUGGGCGCUGCCCUGGGCUCCCCAGACGCUUCUGUCAGAGUCGAUGUUGGGAGCCUAGAUGACGUUAGUGUCGAGGGCGUCGGGUCGUGCGCGAAGCCGGACAGUCCCUGCUACUUCCUGACAGAGCCGCUGACGGCGGGCACUCUCAGGCACUGCGUCACCAUCGCCAAUUCGGCUGGAAGCGGGAGCAAUGACGUCUCUCAGUGUGACACGUCUUACACGCCAUUUAAGGAGAUGACAGAAACCCCGAGGCUGGAGCUAAUCGACGGUAUGUCACUGAGAGUCACUCUGUCAGCACCUCCACCAGGGACUCUCGAAGUGGUAGUUUUCAACCCGGAGACUGAUGGCCUUCUGAGUGGAGCAAAUCCAGAGUGUAUUCCCGAGCCAGAUGGAUCUUGCAGUCAAGAGGUAAGCAUCCCACAGGAACUGCAGGAUUUCGAGGUCCUCGUGGUGGCGGUAGACGAGGGUGGGGACGUGAGGGAGUCCGUCCUUGCUGCGUUUAAUGAUUUGAAAGUUUCCACAAGACAGCUGACUGAUGACAUGCUACAGGUUUCAUGGACAACGAGCCAACCCGAAGAUUACUCUGUUUCUCUUCUCUCGCCUGUUCUUUCUUCUCCUUCUCCUUAUUAUUCUUCUCCUUCUCCCUCUUCUUCUUCCUCUUCUCCCUCUCCUUCCUCCUCAUCUCCCUCUUCUUCUUCUACUUUUCCCUCUCCUUCCUCUGCUCCUCUUCCUUUUCUCUCUCCCCUUUCCUCAGUCACCGAGAUAAAACGAACUUGUACAGGUUCUCACUGCCGGGUUCAUUUCGCUCACCUGGUUCAAGGGGAAACAUACACGGUUCAAGUACACAGAGUUGGCGAUGACAAGGUCUCCGUAGGGGCGACCGCGGCCAUGAAUACGCCAGCUGAAGAUCUCCCCUCGAAGUGCCCCGUCACCUCCAUCACCGCCAUCUCCAGCAACACCACCCAACUCGGGGUCAACUUCAACGCCUUCGAAGCCACCUCAGCAUACCUCGAUCUCCGGUUGGAAGGUGAGGCCAAGGAGCUCGGCUGGGAGGCUGUGCGGGUGCAGGGGAGUCCGACAGACACCUUCGAAGUGACUCACGAAGGGCAGCACCUCCCCGUUGGACAAAAGGUCUUGCUCGUGUUCUCGGCCGUAGAUGACAAUGCGUCCAAGUACUGUGUUGGGGAGACAGUCGUAACGCUGCAAGCCCUGGACGCCCGUCUGUCGUGGGUGGGCACUGAGUACGACCCAGAGGAGUCGUCCCUCCGCGUCGACACUGGGUCCCUCGAAGAAGUUGUCGUACACGAGGGGGCUGUUUGCAAGAAGGAAAAAAGCCCAUGUUAUUUUCUCCGCGACAAACUGCCUGAUACUAUUCCUCGGUGUGCGACUGUUAACAGUGAGGACGGACAGAAGAUUAGCCAGUGUGAGGUGUAUGUCAGUCCGUACCAAGUCCUUCCCGAAACCCCCAUCUUGGACCUGUAUGACCUGAAGGAGAUACGACUCACCUCCUCCACCGCCUUCCCGAGAGCAGAGCUGGUCGUCUUUCGCCUCGACACGAACGAUAUCUUGUCUCCCGACGACUACGCGUGUACGGAGGGUCGUGCGAAGUCGUGCUCGCAGCAGGUGGCCAUUCCCGACGACCUGGAGAUGUUUGGGGUCGUGGUCGUGAUGCUGGACGAGGAGGACGACGUCAAGGGGUCGUUAGCGCUGCCCUUCCAAGUAUACAAGGCGGACGUCGACCAGCUAUCCCUCGACGUCUUCCGCGUUAGCCUGGGCAGCUCGAACCCCGCCGGAAGCUAUGUGAUAAAGCUAAACGGAGAAGCUAGUGUCCAGUGCGAGGAUAACACACCAGGCGAGCCGCUGUGUCAGGCUUUCUUCUGUCGUGUGAAGGAGACGGAUAAAGUUACCAUUAAGAAAACUGCAGACACGAACAGCGUCACGUAUCCUGUGGUACAUGGAGAAACACCUACAAAAUCUGUCAUCAGGAGCGUCACGUCCCUCAGCCAGAGUCCUUCAGGGGAGGUGCGCGUGCGGGUCACGAGCAGCAGCGGCGUUCAGCGUGCCGAGUACAUUACCUUUGCCUCCAACGUCGCUAAGACCUCCGAGGGAUACGACCUUGCGAAUACGACUUCGGAAUACAGCUUGGACGUCCCUUCACACGGGGAGGGUCAGUGGGACUUCGUUGUUCUCGGGUAUGACGAGUAUGGGACGCUGCUCGAAGUGGGGCAGGCUUAUGUCGCCAUCCAAGCCCUGGACGCUAAGGUGGACGAGGUGUGGAAGGAGGACGCCACAACGUCCUUCAGAUUAGCCACAGGCACGCAGCAGGAGGUCGUGUUAGAGGGCGCGGGUUCUUGCCAGUCGACGGAAAGCCCUUGCUACUUUCUUGAGGUCUCCAAGGAGCCUGUCGCCCGGGCUCACUGCAUCGACAUCGUCAAUAACGCGGAAGGAGAGGGAGAGAAGGCGCCGGUGAUGCAACAGUGUGAUGAUUCCACGGGGGCGUUCAACUUCCUUCCCGAAACCCCCAUCUUGGACCUGUAUGACCUGAAGGAGAUCCGACUCACCUCCUCCACCGCCUUCCCGAGAGCAGAGCUGGUCGUCUUUCGCCUCGACACGAACGAUAUCUUGUCUCCCAACGACUACGCGUGCACGGAGGGUCGUGCGAAGUCGUGCUCGCAGCAGGUGGCCAUUCCCGACGACCUGGAGAUGUUUGGGGUCGUGGUCGUGAUGCUGGACGAGGAGGACGACGUCAAGGGGUCGUUAGCGCUGCCCUUCCAAGUAUACAAGGCGGACGUCGACCAGCUAUCCCUCGACGUCUUCCGCGUUAGCCUGGGCAGCUCGAACCCCGCCGGAAGCUAUGUGAUAAAGCUAAACGGAGAAGCUAGUGUCCAGUGCGAGGAUAACACACCAGGCGAGCCGCUGUGUCAGGCUUUCUUCUGUCGUGUGAAGGAGACGGAUAAAGUUACCAUUAAGAAAACUGCAGACACGAACAGCGUCACGUAUCCUGUGGUACAUGGAGAAACACCUGAAAAAUCUGUCAUCAGGAGCGUCACGUCCCUCAGCCACAGUCCUUCAGGGGAGGUGCGCGUGCGGGUCACGAGCAGCAGCGGCGUUCAGCGUGCCGAGUACAUUACCUUUGCCUCCAACGUCGCUAAGACCUCCGAGGGAUACGACCUUGCGAAUACGACUUCGGAAUACAGCUUGGACGUCCCUUCACACGGGGAGGGUCAGUGGGACUUCGUUGUUCUCGGGUAUGACGAGUAUGGGACGCUGCUCGAAGUGGGGCAGGCUUAUGUCGCCAUCCAAGCCCUGGACGCUAAGGUGGACGAGGUGUGGAAGGAGGACGCUACAACGUCCUUCAGAUUAGCCACAGGCAUGCAGCAGGAGGUCGUGUUAGAGGACGCGGGUUCUUGCCAGUCGACGGAAAGCCCUUGCUACUUUCUUGAGGUCUCCAAGGAGCCUGUCGUCCGAGCUCACUGCAUCGACAUCGUCAAUAACGCGGAAGGAGAGGGAGAGAAGGCGCCGGUGAUGCAACAGUGUGAUGAUUCCACGGGGGCGUUCAACUCGCUUCCGGGAGUGUUCAACCUCACGCAGGAAGGAGACGACAAGAUGGUCGUCACCGGAGACUUCCCUAGCAACGCGGCGGUGGAAAUCACGAUCUACGACCCCGACGUUCCCACGGACAUCCUUUCUUUAGGCGUGGCUUCGUGUGAGGAGAAGGAGGAGGGGAGGAAGAAGAAGGAGAUGGAGGAGAAGGAGGAGGGGAAGGAGGUCGCCUUUAGGUCUUCGAGGAUCUGUUCCCAGGGCUUCAGAUCCCCGAAGGACAGUCGUUCUCUGCGGGUGCUGGUCGUGGCUCUGGACGCCGACGGGGCAGCGGUCGAGGGGGGGCGGCUCCUGGAUUUAAAUUAUACGGAAGUCGGAACAGCUGUUUGGGUUAUAGUCGUUUCUGUCCUGGUGUCCCUUCUCGUUGUCGCACUCGUCGGCUUCGGCAUCGUCUUCAUUGUGAAGAAGAAGAAAAAGGAGAAGAACUACGACGAAAACAGCAGUGUGAGUGAAGUAAGUUUGAAUUCGCUUGACCUCCGACCCUGGGAACACGAACACAGAUGGCGUAGCAAGCGGGAGCCAGAGCCGAGUACCAUGUUCGACCGAACCAGAACUCGCCCUCUGGUUAUGCCUCGUAUUGCCUUUGACCGUCAAACUUCAGGAGAUUCUGUCAUUGAAACUUAUAGAUAUGUGGGUCGCUAUCAGAAUUCUUUACUGUAAGGGCGAGAAAACCAAAGACCUGUUCAGAAUUCCCGUCUAUCUUUGUAUCCUAAAGAGUCAUGCCUGAAAGAAAGCAUGAAACGUGAAGGAGGAGUGAACAUGACCAUAAUUCAGCUGAGCUUAAGCGGAAUCCCUGUUGUAUAUAGACUUAGAUUAAUUUUCACCAAGCUAUGGCCGUUUCUUACUAAACUUUGUGUCUGAUUAUUUGUGCAUUUUUUUUCCAAUAAAGUUGAUAAUCUAGAA